CUUGAAGCGGGAGGUACAAUGUCUAGGUUAGGAGAAGGAGCGGAUCAAUGAAAUAGCUAAAUGAUGGAAAACAGCAGCACUAACUUAUCGGACAAACUAAAUGCAGCUUUAGGAAUUGAAUUAAAUGCUGAAGAUGUUCAAAGCUUUCCAGAUUUCUCCCAUCUACUGUCGGUCCUUACCAAUCAUAUAAAUUAUGAAGGGAUAUCAUCUUUAGUACAGAGAGAUCUGCAACAGGCAGAAGAAGAGCUGAAACAUGAAAAACAUAGUUGGCUGUUACAGAAUAUUCUCUACCAUGAGCUUGCAGAACUUUUGCGAGAAUAUGACAUAAAGUCCCAAGACACUGCUCUCUCUACAGAAGACAAACAGUUUCACACCAUCCUACUGGAGACACUGACUCAAGCAGAGAUAUCUGACUACUUGGACUGUUCACCAGAUCCCUCCUCUAAAGACACACUGUUAGGUCUCAGUAAAGCAGAACUGUCCCAGCAAAACCGUCUCAAAAAGCAUCUUCCUUUCAUACAACAAAAGCUGAUCCCAGACAUAGAAAAGAGACUGAGGGAGAAAUGUGACACUCUCAAUAACUUUCAUCAGAUUGGUCUAGAGGAAGGUGACAUCGAACCAUCAUUCAACCCUACAACACAGUUACCUGCUCUUGUUGAAUCUGAUAAACACCGACUACAGAAAAAAAAGGCUAUAUUGAAAAAGGUGAAACAUGACAAAGACAAGCAGUUCUGGCUGUACUACAAGACACUGAUAGACUCCUUGGGGUUGCUAGAGGAGGUUGUGUCCAAAUAUAGAUUCCAGAAUCAGACUGAACAGAACACUGUCACAACAGAAUGGUUGAUGAGCCGGUGUGAUGGGCUAUGUCUCAAAAUCAGAUUGUUAGAGAUGCAAGUCCUGUGUGAUACAUACACCAAGGAUACAGUGAAGGCCUUACUUUCUGUCAGAUGUCACUUAGAUGCCAACUUCCGUGAAAGCGAUAAAGAAUUCCACCACAUUUCCCAGGCACUUCAAUCAUAUGAGGCAGUGGGUAUGGGAUUUGAUGAAUUGGUAGAAGAAUAUAGGAAACUCAAAGAAGAGAAGGACAACAAGCAAUGGGCUCUCACAGAACUUCAUCGUGGGGGAGAUAAACAGGUCAAAGCAGGGAAACCUUGACUUAGUUUCUUAAAUAUUUCAAAUUCUCAAUAAAGGAUACACUCACUUGACUAAUGAGGAGAGGGAAGCGGUAGAAAGAGCAAUGUGGCAACUGGAAUCUUACAGACAUGAAACAGUUAUUCUGAAAUAGUUAUAUGUACUAGAUUUAUUGUGCAUAGAUAAGGGAUAUCCAAAUCCUGCUUAGUUAUAUCAAAAUGACGUUCACUUUAAAUUAGGCAGACACCUUUCAUUUCAGUAGCAAUACUUUCUGCUAAGGGGGCUCAUACUGGUUAUCCAGUCACCGUGAUGAAUAAAAGCUUGAUUAACAGCAAUGCAGUGUUUCAGUUAUAGCAUGACAUUGACUGAAUGAAUUUAUCUUGUGAAAUGAUAGUAUCUUAUAAUCUGUGAUAUACUUGAUUUGCAACAAAAUAAAAAAGACUCCUUAAUGAACAUUA